GGAGUUCUCCCUAUAUUAGAGUAUGGUAACAAUAGUUAACGUUUGUUUGAGAGCCAGCAGUUACAUGCAAAAAUGACACAGAGAAAGUCAUUGCCGAGCCUUUUCUCCCCUUCUUUGUUUCCAGAAGAUGGAGCAACUCUUCAUAGUUUCAGACGAAGACGAGAUAUUCAUCGACGAAAAUUGGCAUGGACGAUUGGAGGCAAGAUGGUGGACGAACAGCCAUCAAAUUCCCACGUUGUAGAAACGUUUUCAUUUCCAGGAAUGAAACAUCAGGACUCUUGCUGGAGUGACAUCGAUAUCGCUGGCUUCCAGACAGUUUUGGAUAGACAAGCUAAUAUAAUCAGAAGACUCAUUUGGUUCGUGGUUUUGACCAUCUGUUUUGCCCUGAUGCUGCUACAGACACUAGAUCGUUUAAAUUACUAUUUGACGCUCCCGGUUUCAACUACUGUACGCGUCAUUCGAAAUGAUUCUUUGAUAUUUCCAUCUAUAACACUUUGUCCUUACCGUGAUACCUUGACAAGGGACGCUUCGCAUUUGGAUUUGGAAAAACUACAUUCACUGUAUGAAACUAAUUUUCCAAAAGAAGAUUUCAACGAUCCAGUGGAGGCCAUGUACAAACUAGCCGAUGUUUAUGACGUCGUCACGUUGUGGAAACGCUCUGGCUGGGAGUUAGACACCGAGAUAUCAAGCUGUUUGCAGGCGAGAUUGAACUGUACGCAAAACGGGCAGGUGGAAAGGAUUUUUACCGUUCUAGGCUAUUGCCUUCAUUUUCCUGGCCAACCUGUGACAGUCAGCGGUCAUUUUUACGGCUUCAACAUCAAACUUUGCAACAAGGAUAACGUAACGGAUAAAACCCACAGGAUUUUACAUGAUGAUCAGUGAUCGGUACAGCACUCACGAUAUACGCUCAUUGACCCACGGCUUCUUCUUGGAACAAGGUUGGAAUAAGGAAGUGGCCGUUUCACUGAAACACUUUAAAGCCGAGAAUAAAAAUCACGCCCCCUGUUCUCCCGAUGAAUCAAUGACCGUAUCACGAUGCAUCAGCCAAUGCUUCCACAGAACACUCAUCGAAAAAACGGGUUGUCGAAUGCCGUACAUGAAUUUGUUCAACUUUACAUCUGUCCCAUACUGCAACACGUCACAGCAGCUACGCCUGGCCGAAGACUUACAGAAGGAUCUUUUAUGGGAAGGGCGUGGCUGGCAUCCGGCUUCCUGUCAGUGCGGAUACGCCAGUACUUGCUCGCAAUACCUUUACGAGACAAGCUCUGACACGUUUGCCCGCCAUGACGACUGUGCCCAGUAUAAAGUGUAUUUUAUCGACAUGACUUACGAGGAAACCAAAGAAGAAUUUGCCUACGAAAUCAUCUCGUUGCUGUGCGAUAUCGGUGGGACUCUUGGAUUGUUGCUGGGCGCUUCAGUGUUGACGGUGAUCCAGUUUGUUGACGCUUUGUCACGCCAGAUAGCCAAGUGGCUGAUGAAAACGCCCGUAUUGGUAAAACGCCAAAAAUCCAGCAUGUUCAACAUAAUGCAAACGAUGGUGAAACCGACUGAAUAUUAGAUUUAUCAC